AUGGACACCGACCUCAUAAAGCUCGUGAACAAGCUUCAAGACACGUUUAGCAACCUGGGUGGUGAGCUAGACAUGCCCCAGCUUGUAGUCGUGGGAAGCCAAUCUGCGGGCAAGUCAAGUGUACUCGAAACGAUUGUCGGUCGCGACUUUCUCCCCCGAGGCCAGGGGAUUGUAACACGGCGACCGCUUGUGCUCCAGCUUAUUCACACUCCUGAAUCAACCGCUACGGACACACCAGGCAGCCCCACCUUUCGAGAGUGGGGCCAAUUCCUUCACAUUGACAAAAAGUUCACCGACUUUGGCGAGAUUCGGAAGGAAAUCGAACAAGAGACAUUCCGGGUCGCUGGGCAGAACAAGGGUGUCAGCAAGCUUCCCAUUUCAUUGAGGAUAUAUAGUCCAGACGUCCUGGAUUUGACACUAGUGGAUUUGCCUGGAUUGACCAAGAUUCCUGUCGGUGACCAACCGAGCGACAUCGAGCGCCAAAUACGAAACCUCGUCACCGACUAUAUUUCCAAACCUAAUAGUGUCAUCUUGGCUGUCUCCCCUGCCAAUGUCGACCUCGCCAACUCAGAAUCUCUUAAGCUUGCGCGCCAAGUUGACCCGCAGGGGCGACGCACAAUCGGUAUACUCAGCAAGCUUGAUUUGAUGGAUGCAGGCACAAACGCGCUUGACAUUCUUACUGGGCGCGUCUACCCUCUCAAGCUCGGUUUCAUCGGGGUUGUCAAUCGAAGUCAACAGGACAUCAUUGGCGAAAAGUCGAUGUCUGCAGCGCUUGAUAGUGAGACGGAGUUCUUCAAAAACCAUUCUGCAUAUAGGAAUAUAGCCCAUAAGAAUGGCACGAAGUAUCUGGCGCGCACAUUGAAUCAGGUUCUAAUGAAUCAUAUUCGCGACAAGCUCCCGGACAUGAAGGCACGACUCAACACACUCAUGGGCCAGGCUCAACAGGAGCUUAAUUCUUUCGGCGACUCAGAUAGCUUCGGUGACCAGAACCAGCAAGGAGCAUUGAUUCUCCGACUCAUGACCCAAUUUGCACGGGACUUUGUUGCCUCCAUCGAGGGCACAAAAGUCGACGUGUCAACCAAAGAGUUGUCUGGCGGCGCUCGAAUAUAUUACAUUUUCAACGACGUUUUCGGUCUGGCCCUUGACUCGAUCGACGCCACCGAUAAUCUCGAGAACCAGGAUAUACGCACUGCCAUUCGAAACUCAACAGGACCGCGCCCAAGCUUAUUCGUUCCUGAAAUUGCGUUUGAUCUCCUAGUCAAACCUCAAAUCAAGCUCUUGGAAGCACCAAGUUUACGCUGUGUAGAACUUGUCUACGAAGAGCUCGUCAAAAUAUGUCACAACUGCACAAGCACGGAACUACAGCGAUUCCCUGGUUUACAUGCAAAGCUGAUAGAAGUCGUUUCCGAAUUGUUACGAGAACGCCUUGGGCCAACAUCUGAAUAUACACAAAGUCUCAUCGCCAUCCAGGCAGCUUACAUAAACACCAACCACCCCGCAUUUAUCUCUGGCUCAGCUGUGGCUGCCCAACAAGCGAGCUCCCCGCCAUCUCGUCAAGCACCAUUGCGACCUGCCUCGACCGAGCCAACAAAUGGUACCGGCACUGACGACGAGCCUGACUCGUCCGACGAAAAUGGUCUACCAAACGGGAUGUUCCCUUCAUCUCGAGGCAACGAGCGGUCGGUUUCCUCAACAUUACACGAUCGCGGAAGGACAUCAACCGGAGGCUCUACACCGGUUACUGCACCUGUUCCAUCAGCAGCGGCGCGAAAAGUUGUCACUCAAAGGCCGCAUUCAGCCGUGGCUCAAACCCAAACCCAUCGCGGGUCGCCCCCCUCUGCACGCGAGACAUUCUUAAACUACUUCUUUGGCCAAAACGGGACGGGGCCUGUGUCAAGCUCGGCAGCAAAUCAUCAGCCACGAGCAAGCGGGAGUGGGACAAGCGUUGUUCCAACUGGGCGGGAUGUGUCUGGCGGGGAGGGUACAACCAUGAUGGCCAUCGCAUCCGGGUUAAACUCAGCGCAACGAGCUGAUGGCUCAAAUGCUGCCUUCGAUAUGAAGAGCCUCGGGAAACACAUUGAAGCGAUACCUUCAGAAGGGAAUCAUCUGACGCUGCGGGAAGAGAUGGAGACGAAUCUCAUUCGCUCGUUGAUUGCGUCGUAUUUUGGCAUCGUCCGCCAAAGUAUCCAAGACCUGGUGCCCAAGGCCAUCAUGCACCUUUUAGUCAACCACACCGCAUAUCAUGUCCAGAACCGCCUAGUUGCGUCAUUGUACAAGCCACAGCUCUUCCAGGAAAUGCUCCACGAAGACGAGGGCCUGGUGGCAGAACGGGCUCGUGUCAAGGCAUUGUUAGACGCCUACAAAGAGGCAUUCAAAACACUUUCAGACGUGAAUGUGAAGCCAACAUAG